AUGCAGAAGAAUACGGGAGCGCUGGCAGUAGACAAGGCACUCUCAAAACUGGACAUGAUGAUGCCCUCCCCUAAUAUAGGAGCUUUGGCAAACCACUCCAUGAGCCAGCCAACGACAUCGUCUAUCAAUAAUUCUCAGACACGCAAGCAUGAUAAGAAUAAACAACAUUCACAGAAAUCUGCUAACAAGCCAAAAUCAUCCACAUCACAACUUACAUAUAAACAACAAUCUGGCAAACAAAAAUCGUCCCCGUCACAACCACAAUACAAACGACAAUCAUUUACAUCUAAACAUCAAGAACCAUCCACAUCACAUCAGUCACGCAAAGAACUAUCAACUUCGAAUUCAUCGCAGAAACGUUCAUCCUCGUCACAUCAAUCACUGCACAAGCCGAAGGAAUUCCCUAUCAUUGAGGCAACAGCAUCAUCUUCAAUAACGCAAACUUUAGAGACGUCUAAAGUUAUGGAAAGAAUAAAUUCCAUGCAUAAAAUGCUGACAGGAUUACUUAAUAAACAGGCGCCCAAGGCCAGAACUCGUCCUGACUGCCUGCCGUUUAAAACGACGGCGGAUAUCCUUGAGUUUAAUUAUGCCACUGACGAGGAUUAUACCGCCUUUGUAGACUAUCUAUCCUACCUAGGUGGUGUGAACGCCACUGAUGCAGAAGCUAAAUAUUUUAAGAGCUGCAUCGACAUAGACGAGGACAUCUUCCACAAUGUUACCUGGAGCAGCUCGAGCAAGGAACGGCCUGGUAUGGUGGCCUUAAAAAUACCAAUUUCGCGAAAGCUUGCCAAGAUGCAAUGCCUCAGGAUAAGUUCUCCUUCCUAA